AUGUGCUUCGCGGGCAACUACUACGUGGAGAUGCGCGAAGACCACAAGCCAGAGCGCCUGAAGAAGACGUGCUUGAAACUGAAGUCGGUGGAGACGCAGCUCUGGCUGGGCGGCAACGAGGUCAACCAGGCGCUCCUGAGGUUCAUCGACAUGAUAGGCGCCGGCCACGAGAGGAAGUUCUUCUACUCGCAGGGCGCGCGCUUCGCGCUGUCCCGGGACAGGAUCCGGCAGCGGCCGCGGGAGUUCUACGAGAAGCUGAUAGGCUAUGUGGACAAGGAGGUAUACCCCAUCGCCGGCAUCUUCUCCGAGCUGCUCUG